UACAAGAUCGAAGCUUUAUAAUGGAGGAUACUACUGAAACUGGCUCGACUGAUCUCUCCUGGACAGAAUUUAUAAAAUCUCGAGCUUUAUACAGUAUUACAAACUCAAACACUUCAAUUCGACUUGAAUUCUUAAAUCAUUCUUUAUUACCUCGAAUAAAGGCUGGAGAUUUUUCUGAUCAAUCACUUGGGAGUCUUCUUUAUCUUAUAUUCUUGACUUAUCCGAGAUAUACCGAUAGAGCUUCACGUCUUUCUAUAUUGAAUAUAUUUAAAGAACUCAACCAUUGGAAUUCAGUGGCAUUUUUAAAGAAAUUUGUUCCAAUGGUCGUUAAAGAAGUUGAUAAAUUAAAUCGAAAAAGUUCCGAUGGAACUUACACAACAGCCUCUACUAUUCGAUUCGUUCUUCUUACCUGGGUAAAUGCAUUGGUUACUUAUGCAUUAUCAUCUAAUAAUACCACAGAACCAUCAUCUCACUGGAAGAGUUUAGUUGAUUCGCAAGCAAUACUUUUGAAUUCUUUAGUUAACGAAACCGAAAGAAGAAAAAGUGUGACUCACAGUGCUAUAAUCGACGUGAGGCGUUUUAUUCGCAAGAAUGCUACGCACAUUCCUUCUUAUAUUACUUAUUUGACUUCUAGCGCGAAAUCAUGUAAUCCUAUAUAUAGGAAUUCCAUUUUACUUGGAACGGUUAUAGAUUGUUCUUUGCGACUCAAAAAUAGAAGUGGCAAGGAUUAUGUGAAAAACGCCAAGGAAGACAUUAUUCAAUUUUAUAUCACGUGCAUUGUUUCUUCUAAAUCCACCGUGACUAAAACAUCCGCGGACUCAUUACACGAUUUUAUAAAUUCGAUGGUAACGGAAGAAGAUUUUGAAACAAAGUUGGCUCCUACUAUAGAGAAACUUCUUCUUAGGGCGCCCGAAAUUGUAUUAAAUGUGUUGAUUUAUCUUGCCAAGUCUUUAUCUUUUGACUUGUCAAAUGUUUUGAAGAAAAGAUUUUUACUACCUUUACUUGGUCACAUUCGAUCAACUAAUAAAGUUGCGCAAUCUGAUGCCACGGAAUUAUUAAAAAUAAUGAUUGAAAAAAGUCGGAAAGAUUCUAUUAUCAUAGAAAUCGUGAAUGAAAUUCUUCAAACACUAAGAAAUGUUACCAAUCCGGAGCAUCGUAUAAUUGUUUUUCAAUCAUUGGGCCACAUAUAUCAAUCUCCUAAUGUAGUUAAAGUUAUAAUAGAUGGUCUAUUACCUAUUGUAUUGAAAGAAAGUAAUGAUAAUUCGUUAUCAAAGGCAAUCGAUACAAUAGGAUUGCACGCUGGUUUAUUGUUAAGAGCAGAAGAUGAUAACGCACUUGUUAAAAAAAUUACAAAGUUCAUUACAGAAGGGUUAACUAACCCUAAACCUGGUGUGAAAAAAGCGUGGGCUAUUUUAAUCGGUCGUCUUGUUUGGGAAGAAACAAGCCUUCCGUCAACUUCGCUUCGUAAUGUUACUCAAAAUUCUCUUAUACAGCUCUUUUCAACAUUAGAAAAGAUUCAAGCUAAUCCUUUGAAUUUUGUCGGAGGUCCUAUUGAAGGAUAUAUUGUUAUAUCAAUUGCGGAAGGAAGAGCAAAAAAUUGGAAUGAUGAAAAAAUUAACGCAUUAAUACAAUCAAAAAAACUUGCCCAAAAUAUUCUGAGCAUUUCACCGAAACCUUCGUUUUGGCUCUGGAAUAAGGUUUACUCAAAAUUAAGUAAUAUUGAGGAAAAUAGUUGGUUUCUUCGGUCUCUUGAAAGUGUUUGCAUUAAUGAAAGUUCCGUUAUACUACAGAAGAUCGAUGCCAGGAUAUCCAUUGCAACUGCCUUUAUAUAUAUGCUUACAGAGUCUCCGUUUUACCAGACACGUCGCGAAUCUUAUGAUACGAUUGUGAAUUGCGUUCAAUCUAAUCCAGGACUUAUUUGUGGAUUAAUACGUGAAGGAUUAACAGAUUGGUUAUUGAAUCUUGAGAAGAAUACUAAAGAUUCAACUAGUUUAUCAACAAAUGUACCGGCACAUUCCGAUUCUUACAUUAAUGCUUACCGCCUUUCUAAAGUUCUUACUGCUAUAAGCACUUUCUCUAAGAAUGUAGAAGAAUCUAUUGUUGAAGAAUCGCUUGUGGAACUUAUAAUUUUAGCUCAUCAUCCUUUCAUAGUAUCACCUACCGACAAAUACAAUUGGAUUUCGUUGACUCAACGAGCUCGACUUGAUCCAGGAAAAUUGGUCGAAAAAUACUCUGAUCGACUUAAGGACAUCCUAAAAAUUCAUAUCGAAAGUGGAACAGAAAAUUUCUAUAAAGCUGCAUUGUCGGCCAUUUCUACCGUCACCUUUAUUUCACCAGAUAUAUUCGUAAAUAUGUUCAUCGAUCAAUGUCGAGAAUAUUUGGAUGCUUCAUUAUUUGAAAAUAUAGGUGACCAAGAGAUUAAAAUAUGGAAAACCAAAGAAGGGACCCUAUUUGUUGACGUUGAGAAUCGCAAUAGAAAGGGCUAUCAAACUGAGAAGUGGGAACAAGAAAUUCGAGAUCAAAUUGCCAAGAAGAAGGGUGAUCCAUUAACACCUAAACUCUCAAAAGAUGAAAAAGCUGCAGUUGAUGCACAGUUGGCGAAAGAAUCUCAAAUACGUAAAUCUGUUGAAGAAGUUCGUUUGAAAUUAAUUAGAGGUCUCGAUAUAAUAGACUCUAUGGUAAAUGGUAACUCUAAAGCUGUUGAACCAAAUAUAUUAGAAUUGAUGAGAUUAUUGCACACUGUUAUGCAGAAGGCCCCUCUGAUUGGAGAAAGAGGGAUAGAUACUUAUUUAAAAAUUGGAACUUCUGAAAAUAUUGAGAGUAUUCGCAUACCUAUUGGGUUGGCCACUUUACGUGCUAUGAAAGUUCAAGGAAUUCCUGAAAAAUGGCUUCAAGAACCUCUAAGUCAUCUCGUUUCACGCGUACUUUAUCGUCUUCGGUUUAUUACUGAACGUUCGCUUUUACCUCCAUCAUCAUUUGCUUAUUGCUUCGCACUUAUUUUUCAAGUUAUUCAACAAAAUGGUGUCGGAUUCAAUGACAAAAAAGAUAAUGAUGAAUAUUUAGAAAUGUCAAUAGAACAAAUUGCACUUAGCUUGGAUAUUAUUUCUUCCCAUUCGUCUAUUGGAUCUUCACUUUUAAUUCCUAGGAGUGAAAUGAUACAAGCACUUUUGCUUAUAAUCAAAAGUUAUCCUAGAUUAACAAAAGGAGCAAAAACUGCUCUAACAAAUUUAUGUGAAGCAAUUGGGGAUACCGCGUUAAGAAUUGAAAUAAAUGUUUUGUUUGAAGGGUUACUUUCUGGCGAAGCAUUUGUUCGUCAUGCAUGUUUACAAGCAUUGGAAUGUUUAGAUCUUACAGAAAUUGACUUUUCUCGUGAAUUAUGGAUUUCAUGUCAAGAUGAUGAUGAAAUUAAUGCUAAUUUAGCUUUAUCUUUAUGGGAUGAUUUCUGUAUGGACAUUGAUUCAAAAUAUGCUGAAGAGCUUUUGCCUCUUCUGGUUCAUGAUGAGAAAUAUGUAAGUUCAACGGCUGCCAAGGCACUUGGAAAGAUAGCCGAAACAUUCCCAGAAUUGAUAGAAGAAACGCUUAAAUCAUUAUAUGAACUUUAUUAUGAAAAGGCUAAACCAAUUCAACCAGAAUACGAUGAACUUGGUAUCUUGAACCCCGAAUCAUUGAAUAGAGAAGAUCCAUGGGGAGCUCGUGUUGGACUAGCUCUUGGGUUUUCUGCUCUUGCGCAUCAUUUGAGUUCUUCGGACAUAGAAUCCUUCUUUGAAUUUCUAAUAUUUAAAGAAGCUGUCGGUGAUUCUAAUGCUCAAGUUCGGCAAAAAAUGUUAGAGGCCGGAUUGGUUGCUAUCAAAGAGCGUGGCAGUGAAAAUGUUAAUUUGUUAAUGCCCCUAUUUGAGAAUUAUCUGGAUCAACCCGCCGCUCCUAAUGAAACUCAUGAUCGUAUUCGUGAAUCUGUUGUUAUUUGGUUUGGAGCUUUAGCUAGACAUUUUGAUCCCACUGAUAAAAGAAUCCCUGUGGUUAUUGAUAAACUUCUUGAAACGCUAAAAACACCAUCCGAGUCUGUUCAACUGGCUGUUUGCGAUUGCUUACCACCUCUUAUUAAAUUGAUGAAAGACAAUGCCCCUAACUUAAUUGAGAGUUUGUUAAACCAACUUUAUUAUUCAGAAACGUAUGCAGGGCGAAGAGGUGCUGCAUAUGGUUUAGCAGGCGUUGUCAAGGGUACUGGUAUUUCAGCUAUAAAAGAUUGUAAUAUAAUGAAUACUUUGAAGGAAGGUAUUUAUAAUAAAAAGGAUUAUAGAUGUCGACAAGGUGCUUUAUUUGCUUUCGAGGCACUGUCACAAAGUUUGGGACGUCUUUUUGAACCUUAUGUUAUUCAAAUUUUGCCAUUGUUGUUAACUUGCUUUGGCGAUACGCAUCCUGAUAUUCGAGAAACAACAGCAGAUACGGCUAGGGUAAUAAUGAGCAAAAUUAGUGGCCAUUGUGUCAAACUUAUUUUACCUUCACUUCUAUCAGGUUUAGAAGAUCGUCAAUGGAGAACAAAAAAGGGAUCGAUAGAGUUGUUGGGAGCCAUGGCUUUUUGUGCACCUAAACAAUUAUCAAUAUCACUUCCUACAAUAGUUCCAAGAUUAACUAAUGCACUUGCAGAUUCACACACAAACGUUCAAGCAGCUGCCAAUCGAGCUUUAUUGCAUUUUGGAGAAGUUAUCAGUAACCCAGAAAUUCAAGCCCUUGUUCCAACUUUAUUAAGUGGGUUAAGUAAUCCUGACAAAAAUACCAAUGCAGCAUUAAAUUCACUAUUAGAGACUGCAUUUGUUCAUUAUAUCGAUGCUCCAUCACUGGCAUUGGUAAUGCCUAUUCUUGAACGAGGAUUGAAGGAAAGAAGUACAGAAGUUAAGAAAAAAUCCUCACAAAUUGUUGGGAAUAUGGCAUCUUUGACAGAUGUAAAAGAUCUUAUUCCUUAUUUGCCAAGACUUUUGCCUAGCCUCAAAGAAGUAUUGGUAGAUCCCGUACCUGAUGCUCGAGCAACAGCUGCCAAAUCGCUUGGAACCAUGAUAGAUAAACUCGGUGAAGAUAAGUUUCCUAAUCUUGUUAAUGAACUUAUCCAUACACUUAAAUCAGAUAUCAGUGGUGUUGAUCGACAGGGCGCGGCUCAAGGUCUUAGUGAAGUUUUGGCAGGAUUAGGACUUGAACGACUUGAUGGACUUCUACCUGAUAUCAUAACAAACGCUACCAGCUCAAAAUCUUAUGUCCGAGAAGGAUUCAUUUCACUACUUAUUUAUCUUCCUGCUACUUUUGGAGUACGAUUUCAACCUUAUCUUGGUCGUACAAUUCCGCCAAUCUUAUCUGGUCUUGCCGAUGAAUCAGAAUAUGUACGGGAUGCUUCACUAAGGGCAGGCCGAAUGAUUGUUGUGAAUUACGCGACUAAAGCCGUUGAUCUUUUGCUUCCGGAAUUGGAAAGAGGAUUAUUUGAUGAUAAUUGGAGAAUAAGGCAUAGCUCUGUUCAACUCAUGGGUGAUUUAUUAUAUAGAAUAACAGGAAUUAGUGGUAAAACAGCUGUUGAAGGCGAAGAAGAAGAAGAAACUGGAGGAACUGAAGCAAGCAAAAAGGCUUUGUUAGAAGUUCUGGGAAGAGAAAGACGAGACCGCGUUUUGGCAGCUAUUUAUAUUGUGCGACAAGAUGUUUCCGGAAUUGUUCGUCAAUCGUCUAUAUAUGUUUGGAAAUCUAUAGUUUCCAAUACUCCUCGUACUGUCAAGGAAAUACUUCAUAUUAUGAUGGAGAUGAUACUACGCAGCUUAUCAAGUCCAAGUCUUGAACGUCGACAGGUAGCUGCGCGUACUCUUGGCGAGCUUGUUCGGAAGCUUGGUGAAAGCGUUCUUUCAGAAAUAAUUCCAAUUUUAGAAAACAAAUUAGAAUCAUCUGAUGUUGAUAUGCGUCAAGGAGUUUGUAUUGGAUUAAGCGAAGUAAUGAGUACUGCUGGGAAAGUGCAAGUUAUUGAUUACGUUGAUUCUAUUAUACCUGCUGUUAGAAAGGCAUUAAUUGAUGAAUCUGGUGAAGUGCGUGAAGCAGCAGCUCAUGAUAAGGCAAUUGAUGAAAUUUUGCCUACGCUCCUUAAUUCUCUACAAUCUGGAGAUGAUUCUGCAUAUGCAUUAGAAGCAUUGAAGGAAUUAAUGGCUGUGCGUGCUAAUGUCGUAUUUCCAGUUCUUAUACCAAACCUUAUUUCCGUGCCAAUUUCAGCCUUUAAUGCACGUGCACUUGCAUCAUUAGUAACUGUUGCUGGCUCUGCCCUUAACAAACGAUUAUCAAACAUUCUUUCUGCACUUAUCGCAUCUUUGUGUAUGGAAACAGAUGAGAAUACCAUUAAAGAACUUAAAGAAACAGAACGAGCAUUGUUACUUUCUAUUGAUAAUUCUGAAGGAAUUCAAACUCUGAUGAUGAUGCUUUUUGAGGCAAUUAAAAGUGAAGAACCUACUAAACGGGCUAGUGCAUGCGAUAUUAUUACGAUAUUUUGUAAUGAAACUAAGAUGGACUAUUCGCGAUAUGUACCUGAGUGGAUAAAUGAUUUGAUUUUAUUGUUAGGUGAUCGUCAAAAAGAAGUUGUAGUUUCGGCAUGGAAUGCUUUGAAUUCAAUAACUAAGUCAAUUAAAAAAGACGAAUUAGAACAUUUAGUAACCCCCGUCCGUCGAUCAGUAAAAAAAGUUGGUGUUCCUGGUGUAGAUUUGCCAGGAUUUUGUUUACCAAAAGGAAUUGGCCCCAUACUUCCAAUAUUUUUACACGGAUUGAUGUAUGGUACUCCGGAAAUUCGUGAACAGUCUGCUUUAGGAAUAGGCGAUCUUAUCCAAAGAACUUCAGCUGAUGCACUUAAGCCAUUUGUAACACAAAUUACUGGACCUCUUAUUCGUAUUAUAGGGGAUCGUUAUCCUCCACAAGUGAAAGCAGCUAUAUUGCAAACUUUAAGUUUUCUCCUCACCAAGAUUCCUACUCUUCUCAAACCUUUCCUUCCUCAACUUCAACGAACAUUUAUUAAAUCAUUAACCGAUCCGUCUAGUACUCUUGUUCGUUCACGUGCCGCAUCAGCACUAGUUAUACUAAUUUCUUUACAAACAAGAGUAGACCCUCUAGUUACUGAGUUAGUGACUGGAAUUAAAACAAGUGAUACAAGUGUACGAGAAACAAUGAUAAGCGCCUUAGAAAGUGUUGUGAAUAAAGCCGGGAAUAACAUGAAUGAAAUUUCAAAGAAAGGAAUUAUUGGAGUUGUGAUGGAUGGAUUAAGUGAUAAUUCAGAAGUAAUAGUUGUCGGUACUUCUCGUUUACUUGGUAGUUUAAGUAAACAUGUAACGCCUCAAGAAAUAAUGCCUAUUAUUGCAUCUCAAAUUCUAACCGGAGAUCCACCAAAACAAAGUUCUCUUUUGUCUAUAAAUGCCAUCCUUGCGGAGGCUCCAAAAGUCUUUGUUGAUUUAAACAUAACAAAUGAUAUAAUUGAUAUUAUAUUAGUAGGUUUAACUAGUAAUCAUCAAUCUAUCUCUGAUACAUCAAUAAUUAUAGCAGGAAAAAUUUUGCUUACAGAAAUAUAUCAAGAACAACAGAAAAUAUACCACCUUUUAGAACCAUUAGCGACAAAUAUUCGUGAACCAGCUACUUUAGUUGAUGAAACGAAACGCCUAGCAUUGUUAGUAAUACGUGCAAUCGGAAGAAAAUAUCCAGAUAUUUUAAAAUCACAUCUUUCCGUCAUUGUUCCUUCAAUGAUAUUAUGUGCUAAAAAUAAAAAUAUUCCUCUAAAAUUAUCCGCGGAAAGAACUUUAUUGUAUACACUUCAACUUUUAAACGGGGAAUCUGUGCUACAGGAAUUUCUGUCGAAAACUGAUGUUUCAACAGCUAAAUCGGUAGCUGAUUUUCAUAAACGUGUGUUAUCCAAACUUGUUUCGCAGGCAAGUGAAAUAAAUGAAAUGGAAGAAUUAGAGGAAGAACAGGAAAUUUGGGCUGUUGGAAGUGUGGGAACUUUUGAAAUUACAAAUGAACAAGAGUAA